GAAAACGCAAACGAGGGUGAACCUGUGGAUUUCUUGCGUCAGCACGUUGAAAUGUAUUUGCAAACAUGGCAUGCUUCCAUGCGCGUCUGGCGUUUGCAGAUGAAUUCCGGGGCAACAGCCCCUUCCGUGCAGCUCAGUCUUAGAGGGCUCAAUUCAGAACGCAUCGAACAAACACAGAUAGAGGAAAGCGCCCAAAACAAAGGCAUCAGUCCCGCCCAAUACCUGAAAGAUGUGAGCAACAGAGCAGAGCUUUACCAAAAGAGCAACGCGGUUGCUGGGCGAGAGGAGUUUGUGAAGACAUUGAAUGAGGCAGCUAUGGGAAAGUCUGGGUUGCACCUUGUCAUUGGGGGCAAGUCCCUCGGAAAGACCAAAAUUGUGCAGACCGUUGUUGACAAUGCUGGCGAUGAAGCUCCUUUGCUCUACGUCAAUAUGCGUCUCCCUAGCAAAGCCCAGUCAACGGAUGCAUUGGAAUGUUUGCAAGAAGAAGCUAAGCGAAGAUGGACCGCAAAGAGUUUGCCAUUCGGGGCAGAGCGGCUGGUUGCCGCCGGUUCUGCGGUUCUUGGAGCACUUGGCAAAGCGAACUUAAAGAAGAGUGACGAUGAGGAGAUAGGAGAGGGUGCAGUGGAAACUCUCCUCUCUUUGUUUCUCAACAUCACCAAGCCCGAGGAGUUCAUCAAGGCUUUUGUUGCGGCAACAAUGGCUGCAGAGAAGGUUCCAGUCAUGAUUGUUGAUGAAGCCAACAUCGCCUUUCCCAACGGUAAUGGUGGGAAUGGGAAUGGCAGAAGAGAAUCAGCUUACAGAGCGCUCGCAACCUUUGUGGCACUGACAAGGGAGCAGCGGAAGGCGUCUGUUAUUCUGGUUGCCUCCGACUAUGCUUUCCCGUUGGGACUACAAGCUCUUGGCUUCAACAAGUAUGAUGCUCUCAAUACGAUUGUAGCUCCGGAGGUUGAAGAGAAGCCUAUGCUCUUUUUGCUGCAAGAGUGGGGUUUGUCUCAAGACUUGGCACAGGAGUUCUAUGAGACCUUCGGUGGAAACGUUUUUUUGUGCCACCAGGCAGUCGACAAGCUCCGUGAGCAGUUCGAGUUGGGUCAGGAGAGGCUCUUCGACCCCUUCAACGUCCGAGACAAUGCCGGCUUAGAUGACCUCAUUGGUGACCCGCUCACUCGGAAGCACAUGGAGAACUUGGCUCAGAAAGGAUGGUCGCAAGUAGAGGGUGGCGCUGCAGAAGCGGAGACGGAGAGCCAGAAGGGUGCUCGCAUCAUCGCCAAGAAGAACUUCGGCGCCAUCAUCGCGAGACAGACCACUACUUUCUUUGACGAAGCCUUGAAGGAAGAUAUGUUCAGAGACCCAGAUGCUGUGCGGGUUUUAAUUCCACCAACUACAUACGCCCGCAAGUGCAUCCAGCGGAUGGUGGACACGGUGAAACCAAGCAACUAUACUUCAAAGAAAGACUUUUCCUUUGGAGCAACCACUCGCAUCACCAGACCACAAGCUGGAGCAGUGUGGGUGAGGCAACUAAAGGAGGACGGCAAAGGUGGCUUCGAGUUCGUUGGCAAUGGAUUUCAAGUCAAGGAUAAGGCAAUCAAGAAGGAGAAACCCAACAAGGUGUCGUGCGAUGCAGAUGAGCUGGACAUCUACAGCCUGCAGGUAUUAGGUCAGCCUUUGUCGAUUUACAGCGACGACGAAGGAGCGUUGAACAGCAAGAAACUGCAAACAUUCUUGAAGGAGGACUACACUGUUGACAUGAGCGUGAAUGCGUCAGAAGUACUGACGCCUGACGACAAGGACAAAAAGUUCAUGUGGAAAGUCCCUUUGCUUUGUUACCAGUGGCUCUUGUUCAAAUUUGCUAUGUUGUCGCCGGCUUGGGAACUUAGCAGCUUAGGCGUGAGCGCUGGCUCUUGCACGUGUAGGAGAUGCGGCGUGGAGAAACCUACUUCCGUUGCCUUGACGGCCGAUGCCGGUCAGUUCUUUGAAGCAGUAGCCCCUAGCCAGGCUAUCUCUGCUGCAGCGCGUGUCUUGAGUAAAGUUGCUGCCAGUAUUGUCCUAGGUCGGUUUGCACGGUUGGACAAAUGCAUGUUGUCUUUGGAAGCCUGGCUUGACGUCGUGGUGCGAGUAGAGGAUGGAAAAAAGUCUAAGAAAGACAAAGCAAAAAAGAAGAAGAAGCGCUCCACCAGCACUUCCUCUUCCAAGUCUGAUUCUACGGAUAGCCGGGCCAAGAGCAAACGGCGCAGCAAAGGCAAGAGGAAAGCGCCCGAGGGUGCGCACAUACUGGGCCAAAAAGACAUUGAAGAACUUCAACAAUUUCGCCGUCAGGCGGAAAUCCAGAAGAUCCGAAACGAAGUUUUGGCUAGCAUACCAAGUGGGCCCGGCGCUUCCAGCAAAAGUGCGCCAACGGCAAAGCCAGACGAAAUGCCUGGUGACACGACUGCAGAAGCUCUUUCCCCUAAGACCAAGAAAGUUGUGCUUGCUCAAUCCCGCAUUCUCGGUCAAGAUUCGGUGUCCAAACGUUUACUCACUGAUGAGGUGGUAUCAUGGGUGGAUGUGAAGGCGCAACUGCUCUCUGCACCACGCUGGCUUCCGGCACCUUUCGCGCGAGCAGUGCGAUAUGUGCAAGCUCUCAAAGUUUUAGCGUGGGACGAGUAUGUCUUGUCACACUGGCUUCAAAUUACCACGGGAAUCCCGGUGGCAACCGUUAGUGCUGGCACCCUGCUGCUUGGAUACAAAUGGAUUUCAGAAGGAAACGCUGCUGCCAAAGGAGUGAGGAAAUGGAUCCAAGAUGUUGCACAGACACCAAUCCGACGGGCCAAAAGGCUUCAGAUUUUUUCACCUGAUGGCAGAGUCAG